CGUAAUCAAGAAGUUAUAUCGAAUCAAUCAACUGCUUAUAAUGAACAUAAUGAAUAUAAUAAAUAUAAUAAAUGUAAUGAAUAUAAUAAAUUUAAUGAAUAUAAUAAAUAUAAUGGAUAUAAUAGAUGUAAUAGAUAUAAUAGAUAUAAUGGAUGUAAUGGAUAUAAUGGACAUAAUAGAUAUAAUGAAC